CAAUUGAACAGUUUGGCCAUACUGUUGAAUUGUGUAUACCAUACUAGUUAUCCGUUGUGUUGGCAAAAAUAAAAAUACUAGCAAUUUUGAUAUUAUAACCAAUGGCCACAAUCGAUGGAAGACCGGCGCAAUAUGGGAUAUCACUUAAGCAAUUACGAGAGCUCAUGGAGCAUCGAGGAAGAGAAGGUGUAAAUAAAAUCAGUGAGCUCGGUGGCAUUCAUGAGUUAUGCAAAAAAUUGUACACAUCCCCAAAUGAAGGUCUUAGCGGGUCGAAAGCUGACGAGGAGCAUAGACGUGAAACGUUUGGCUCAAAUGUAAUACCACCGAAACCCCCAAAAACAUUUUUAACGCUAGUCUGGGAGGCGCUUCAAGAUGUUACACUUAUAAUAUUAGAGGUAGCUGCGUUAGUAUCACUUGGUCUAUCGUUUUACAAGCCAGCAGAUGAGGAUGCGCCUCUACUUCAAGAAGAAGAUGAACACCACGGUUGGAUCGAGGGUUUGGCUAUACUUAUUUCGGUCAUUGUUGUUGUGAUAGUGACGGCUUUUAAUGAUUACUCAAAGGAGCGACAAUUUCGAGGUCUCCAGAACCGUAUCGAAGGCGAGCACAAAUUUUCAGUUAUUCGAGGCGCCGAGGUAUGCCAAAUAUCGGUCGGGGAUAUCCUAGUCGGUGAUAUUGCACAGAUCAAAUACGGCGAUCUCUUACCAGCUGAUGGUUGUCUUAUACAGAGCAAUGAUCUAAAGGUGGACGAAUCUUCAUUGACUGGCGAAUCGGAUCAUGUGAAAAAGGGCACAGAUGCCGACCCAAUGGUUUUAUCCGGCACCCAUGUUAUGGAGGGUAGUGGCAAAAUGGUUGUAACAGCCGUUGGAGUUAAUUCACAGGCUGGAAUCAUUUUCACACUGCUUGGAGCUGCUGUAGAUGAGCAGGAAGCCGAAAUUAAAAAGAUGAAAAAAGAAGCUAAAAAGGCGAACAAACAAAAGAGUAAAAGCCAGACAGGUGAAAAUGAUGGCCGUGCGCCAAUGAAAGAAACAUCUCAUGCGCCAACUCAAUAUGCCAGCGAGGCCAUCAAAUCUGAAUCGGAUGGAAAUCAUGUGCAGCCAUCUACAUCAGCUGCUGAAACUGGACACAAGAAAGAAAAAUCGGUGCUACAGGCGAAAUUGACGAAGUUGGCAAUACAAAUUGGUUAUGCUGGUUCCACGAUAGCCGUGCUCACCGUUAUUAUACUGAUUAUACAGUUUUGCGUUAAGACAUUCGUCAUCGAUGAGAAACCAUGGAAGAACACCUAUGCCAAUAAUCUGGUCAAACACUUGAUUAUCGGUGUCACAGUAUUAGUUGUGGCUGUCCCCGAAGGACUUCCACUGGCCGUAACGCUAUCUUUGGCCUAUUCGGUGAAAAAAAUGAUGAAGGAUAAUAACUUGGUGCGUCAUCUGGAUGCCUGUGAGACAAUGGGUAACGCAACGGCUAUAUGCUCCGAUAAGACAGGCACGCUAACGACCAAUCGUAUGACUGUUGUACAAUCCUACAUUUGCGAAAAGCUAUGCAAGGUGCUGCCAACGCUUGCCGAUAUACCACAGCAUGUCGGAAAUCUAGUCACUAUGGGCAUAUCUGUCAACUCGGCUUAUACCUCCAACAUAAUGCCUGGUCAAAAUCCGACCGACUUACCAAUUCAAGUGGGCAACAAAACGGAAUGCGCUCUACUAGGAUUUGUUCAGGGUCUGGGCGUUAAAUAUCAAUCGAUACGCGAUGAAAUACCCGAGGAUAGAUUUACACGUGUUUACACCUUCAACUCUGUACGGAAAAGUAUGGGUACAGUAAUACCUCGGCCCAACGGCGGCUUUCGAUUGUAUACCAAGGGUGCUUCCGAGAUCAUCAUGAAGAAAUGCGCCUUUAUCUAUGGGCAUGAGGGCACAUUGGAAAAGUUCACACGCGACAUGCAGGACCGUUUAAUUCGGGAAGUAAUUGAGCCGAUGGCUUGUGAUGGGUUACGUACUAUUUCUGUUGCCUAUCGCGAUUUUGUGCCCGGCAAAGCGGCAAUCAAUGAGGUGCACAUCGAUGGAGAGCCCAAUUGGGAUGAUGAGGAAAAUAUUAUGUCGAAUUUGACCUGCCUGUGUGUUGUGGGAAUUGAGGAUCCCGUCCGUCCCGAGGUACCGGAUGCCAUACGGAAAUGCCAAAGGGCUGGGAUUACUGUACGCAUGGUUACUGGUGAUAAUAUUAAUACGGCUCGUUCGAUUGCCAGCAAAUGUGGCAUUUUACGACCCAACGACGACUUCCUCAUACUGGAGGGUAAAGAGUUUAAUAGACGUAUUCGCGACAGCAAUGGCGAUAUCCAGCAGCAUCUCAUUGACAAAGUGUGGCCGAAGCUCCGCGUGCUUGCACGCUCAUCACCUACAGAUAAAUACACUUUGGUAAAAGGUAUGAUCGACAGCGCCGUGACCGACAAUCGGGAGGUUGUUGCCGUUACUGGCGAUGGUACAAAUGAUGGUCCAGCUCUAAAGAAGGCCGAUGUUGGAUUUGCGAUGGGUAUUGCAGGAACGGAUGUUGCCAAAGAAGCAUCUGACAUUAUACUCACUGACGAUAACUUUAGUAGCAUUGUCAAAGCUGUUAUGUGGGGUCGCAAUGUUUAUGAUUCAAUUGCGAAGUUUUUGCAGUUCCAAUUGACAGUAAAUGUCGUCGCAGUCAUUGUAGCCUUUAUUGGUGCGUGUGCGGUACAGGAUUCACCUCUUAAAGCAGUGCAAAUGUUGUGGGUUAAUCUUAUUAUGGAUACACUUGCAUCUCUCGCUUUAGCAACAGAAGUACCGACGCCUGAUCUAUUGCUUCGUAAACCAUAUGGACGCACAAAGCCCCUUAUAUCACGCACAAUGAUGAAAAAUAUAUUGGGGCAAGCUCUGUACCAGUUGGUAAUCAUAUUUAGCCUCCUCUUUGUCGGUGAUUUAAUACUCGACAUUGAAUCUGGUCGUGGACAGGAUCUUAACGCUGGACCAACCCAACAUUUCACAAUAAUCUUUAACACUUUCGUCAUGAUGACCCUUUUCAAUGAGAUCAAUGCCAGAAAAAUACACGGCCAGCGCAACGUUGUUGAGGGUCUUUUCACAAAUCCUAUAUUUUACACCAUCUGGAUAUUCACAAUGAUUUCUCAGGUUGUAAUUAUUCAAUACGGGAAAAUGGCCUUCUCAACAAAAGCGCUGUCUCUCGAUCAAUGGCUAUGGUGCAUAUUCUUUGGAAUCGGAACACUAGUCUGGGGACAAUUAAUCACUUCAGUGCCUACAAGAAAAUUGCCUAAGAUAUUAUCAUGGGGUCGUGGACAUCCUGAAGAAUAUACGGAUGCUAUGAAUUUGGGUGAGGAGCGCUUUGAUUCGAUUGACUCUGAUAAAAAACCAAGAGCUGGACAAAUCUUAUGGAUUCGCGGCCUGACUCGUCUGCAAACUCAAAUUUCAGUGCCGGUAAUAGGCGGCGAGUUGCAAGAACGCUUGAUACCGGUUCCCUAUAGCAAGAGCAACACUGAUCAAGCUAUUCGUGUGGUGAACGCCUUCCGGCAAGGUCUUGACGCCCGCUACGGUGAGCACACCAACACUUCGCUGGCAGAGGUGCUGCGCAAGCAGACUUCGCUGAGCAAACGCCUGUCGGAGACAUCUUCCAUUGAUUAUGCCGAUAACAUACCCGAUGAGCUGACCAUACCCGAAAUCGACGUUGAGCGGUUAUCAUCGCACAGUCACACCGAGACUGCUGUUUAGAUGGCAAAACGACAACUGUUGCACUAACCGUUACCGUUACAGCCACACUAAUACAGUCAUCCAAUUGCCUACCAAUCAUACACACACUUAUACCCACAUGAGCAUACACAUAUGUUGCAUACACUCGUAAAUAAAUUCAUCAUUGAGCAUACAAAUUAACAUCUUUAAAGCAACAGAUAUAAUGAAAAUACUUACAGCUAAAACAAACAAAAAAUAAAAAUAAGUACAAUUUGUGCACACAUUAUGGUUUAGUAAGCGAACUAGACAUUUUGGGAGUACAAUUGGUCAGGUUUGAGAGCUCCAAGACAAGACAGCGUCAGCAUUAGCAGCAACAAGAACAUGUUUCAUCCGAUAACAGCGCUCGACAACUGCCACAAUAACUUUGGAAUUCAGCAUAUGAUGUAACACGCCGCACUGUACUAAUUCAUAGUGGAAUAUUCGUAUACAUAUUUAUUAAUGAUACAAUAAAGAAGUAAAUACACACUCAUACAAAUACACAUACACACA